AUGAACGUGGCUGAGAUGAUUGCGUUACGGUUUGCUCGGCAAGUGAUAAUGUACAGCUCGCGUACUCAUGGGGGUGGAGAUAUUUUUGACAUGUUAAAUCUGUUGUUUGACUCUAUGAAAUACUGCAUCUGUCCGGACUCAGAGUCGAUUGAGCCGAUUGAAAUUAAAAUCUUACAGGAGA